AUGGUUACGCUAGUUUUCAAUUCUUGUUUAUUUCAACAGGUAUGGCUGGCGAUCACUGAGGACGGUGUCAACGUAACAAGGUACACUGCGUGGACGUUGGUGGAUAAUUUUGAGUGGUUUGACGGGUAUACAACUAAAUUCGGCUUGUACGAAGUGGAUUUCGAGGAUCCGAAACGCAAGCGUACCCCACGCGCGUCGGCAAAGUAUUACAAAGAAGUCAUACGAACUCAUACCUUUGACGUAGCAAAUAAAAAUAAUUACGAUGAACUGUAG